GCUGGAUAAAACCUAUGGAAACAUAAAACCCAAGGAUAAAACUUUGGGGACACAACAUAAAUCCAACGCUUCCAGUAGUAAAGGAGAGAAAAAUUGCGAAGACAGCAGCUACCCGAUCACAAAUGGCCUCCUCUAUCUCUAUCUGCAAUGUUUACCAGAUUAAGCCCACAAAUGCCCAAAAACUGAGAACGGUGCCGAGGAUUUUGGGUUAUUCGCAUUGUAAUUAUAUGGGAAAAGCACUGGUAUUUAAUCCGUUGCACACAAGAAGCAUUAGCUGUGUAGGGAUAGGUCACAUGAGGGUGAAAGUUCAAGCUAUCAGUGAUGGAGCAGGUAGCAGCAUCAGAGGAGCAGGGAGCAGGCAGUAUUCUUCUUCUUAUAAAGCGGAGAUUGCCAAGGCUGCCCCUGGAAGUGGAAAUCCUGGUGGGCAGCUCAUUGUAUUGGUUGCAGGUGCUGGGGUGGUCUUGGCUGUUGCUUUUGCUUUGUUUAAGGUUGCGGGGAAGAUGUUUAAAGUUGCAAUAUCCAAUGUGCCCUCUGUUGGCAUGCCUUCCGGUGGUGUUAAAGAUCCUUUAUCUGCUGGAGUCGAAGUUGCUAAACUUGAGAGGUUAUCCAGGGCCCGUCUCAAUGAUAUGGCAAGAGGGCUUCGUACAUUGAGAAUUGCUAAUAUGGCAGGUCAUAAUUUUGGUGACGAUGGAAUGAUAUUUUUGGCUGAAAGUUUAGCUUACAAUCAGGUUGCAGAGGAGGUGGACUUUUCGGCAAAUGGUAUAACUGCUAAGGGCUUGAAAGCACUUGCCGAUAUUCUUCCAAGAAAUGACACUUUAAAGAUAUUACAUCUUUCUGGCAAUCCAAUUGGUGAUGAGGGAGCUCAGGAACUGUCUGUUAUGCUAGAGAAGAAUUAUGGUCUCCAGAAGAUUUAUCUGAACAGUGCUAGUAUAGGAGAUGAGGGUGCCAAGGCACUUGCGGAAGUGCUGAAAAAGAACAGUUCCUUGUCGGUUAUACAACUCAACAACAACAUAAUUGAUUAUUCUGGAUUUGCAGCUCUGGCUGAAGCACUGCCUGCAAAUAAAUCAAUUCGAGCUAUACAUCUGAAUGGCAAUUAUGGUGGUGCUCUGGGAGCAGCUGCUUUUGGGAAAGGACUUGAAUUGAACAAAUCUUUGAUGGAAAUUCACCUACAUGGAAAUGGUAUUGGGAACGAGGGUGCUCGGAAAUUGAUGUCAGGAUUAAUAGCUCAUAAAGAUAUAAUUGGUACCAUUGACCUUGGAAACAAUGGCAUUGGUUCAAAGGGUGCAUUUCAUAUAGCGGAAUAUAUAAAGAAAUCAGACAGCUUAAUAUGGCUUAAUCUGUAUAUGAACGAUAUUGGUGAUGAGGGAGCUGAAAAAAUUGCGAAGGCUCUGAGGCGGAAUAGAAAAUUGGAAACUAUUGACUUGGGAGGAAAUAACAUUCAUGCUGAAGGUGUUAGUCACAUUGCAGAAAUGCUUAAAGACAACCAAGUCAUCAAGACGUUGGAGCUUAGCUACAAUCCAAUUGGUCCAGAUGGAAUAAAAAAUUUGAUGGAAGUUCUCAAAUUCAAUGGCAAUGUACAAAAUCUUAGAUUAGGAUGGUGCCAGAUAGGUGUGAAGGGUGCAGAAUAUAUAGCAGAAGCCUUGAAGUACAACACAACCAUUUCCACACUAGACCUUCGUGCCAAUGGUCUAGGUGAUGAUGGUGUGAUUGUCUUGGCUAGGAGCUUGAAGGUUCUCAACGAAGCUUUAACAUCUUUGGAUUUAGGAUUCAAUGAAAUCAGGGAUAAGGGAGCCUUUGCUCUGGCUCAGGCGCUAAAGGCUAAUGAAGAUCCCGCUCUGAAUUCAAUUAAUUUGUCAAGUAACUUCCUCACCAAAUUUGGACAGGUUGCUUUGACAGAAGCCAGGGACCAUAUAAGUGAAAUACACGAUGGUAGAGAGGUGAACAUAUAUUUCUAGUUCACAAAUUCAACAAUUUUGUAGAAUUUUUAAAGAGUUCUCUAGAAUUCAGAGUCCAUACAGUUCAAUUCAUGACAAUCUACAGCUGAAAGUUUAUCUGUAUCACAUUUUUGCUGUUAAUGCCUCAACUGAUGAAUUUAGGGAAUCUGGUUUUAUCCAAUUAUUCUUUUGCCGUUCUUUGCGGUUAAAAUAAUAACUUAAUAAAUUAGAUGGAUAUUCAUCUUGCAAGUUUAAAUCA